AUGGGUCGCAGGCACAAGAAACACUUGGGCCCCUCCUCGGUCUCCGUCCAGCCGCUUUCCUUCACAGAAGUGUGCGAAGCAGCACCUCUAUGCGCAAGUGCAACGUCGGGGUCCGUCCCUCAGGCACCUGCGUCCUUUCACCAAUACCACGCCCAAAAGUCGGAAGAGUCGGAAGAAAUUCGUCUACACUCGCCUAUCCAGGGGCAACCACUACCCGGCAUCUCGCCGCUAGCAUCCCCGUAUCCUACCGCGUGCCAUCCCCGCAGCCCACGCAGGGACAGUCUGACAGCGUCGAUGACUCAAUUUGCCGCAUUUACCCCUGCGUGCGUGUCGCUUAGUAAUCGCAGCGCGAGGCCGUCCCUGCGCCACGUGCCGAGAAACCGAAGUGGCUCUCUGCUGGACGUUUCUCUUUGGUCCAUCACGAGCUUCCUACAGUGGCCACCCAUUGAGAAUGAGAGUAGCGCGUCCUUUUUAUCGUGCAUCGCCGCCGCCCCGGUAAGUCAACGCAGCUCCUUCAGCUCCUCCGACUCGCUUGCCGCGCAGCGCCGAGCACGCAACGACGCCGCCCCUGUCGCUCUUGGCAAUCCGUCGGUUAUGCGCCACCUCACUAAGAAGAGGGAGAGACGGAUGUCAAAGGGGUCUAAAAAUGAAUGGAGCAGCAGUGCAGUCAACCGCAGCACAGCGAUGCCAUCUCAGUAG